AUUAUCUACAAGAGAUGGCGACGUUGUAAGUUUUCUUCCUGGAGUUGUAUCAUCGUACGUUGACAGAUUCAAUUCAAAAUUAUUGAUGCAAAAUGGGUGUGAAGGAUUUAUGGAAUAUUUUAUUGCCUUUGUGCGAGAGAAAACCGCUGUACGAGCUGCAGGGAAAGACGAUUGCGAUUGAUUUAAGCGGAUGGAUCGUUGACAGUCAAACGAUCGUCGACAAUGCGGUACAACCUAGGAUGUAUCUCAGGAAUCUAUACUUUCGUACGGUGUUCCUCCUAAUGCAAGGAAUAUUUCCAGUGUUUAUAUUGGAAGGAAAGGCUCCCACUCUGAAACAUAAAACUAUUGCACGAAGAAAUGAUGCUCGUAAUGGAUUUCAGGAAAGAAAGAAAACUGCUAAGAAAGGAGGGAGGACGCAGUUUAAUCGAGUUUUAAAUGAAUGUAAACAAAUGUUAAAAUUCAUGGGUAUUGCUUGCGUACAGAGCCAUGGUGAAGCAGAAGCUAUGUGUGCAUAUUUAAAUGAGGAUGGGCUUGUAGAUGGAUGCAUAAGUCAAGACAGUGAUUGCUUUUUAUAUGGUGCAAAAGUAGUAUACAGAAAUUUUUGUACAAGUACUCAAGGAAAUCGUGGAGCUACAGCUGGUUCUGUAGAUGUUUACAAUAUGGAAAAGAUAGAAAAAACAUUGAACAUAGGACGAAAUAAAAUGAUAGCAUUGGCUUUAUUGUGCGGCUGUGACUAUAAUGAGGGAGUGAAUGGUGUUGGAAAAGAAGCUGCUUUAAAAUUCUUCAAGACUGUAGAUGAUAAAAAUGUUUUACAAAGAAUUCAAGAUUGGAGAACUGACACAAGUUUAGAUAGAAUUGAAUCAGAUUUAUUAAAUUCUGAUUUAUGUACAGUAUGUGGUCAUCGAGGAAAAUUACAAAAACAUAAAAAAUCAGGUUGUGCUGAUUGUGGUACUGUUGAAAAAUGCAAUGAUGACUUCAGAGAAAGGAGAGCACUGAUGUUAAAUGAAAUAUCAUUGAGGAAAAAGGCACUUCAUGAUGAAAAUUUCCCUAAUCAAGAGUUAAUAGAAGAAUAUCUUACUAAGAAAGAUUUGGUUCCAACUAAAUUGGAUAUAGAAUGGAAGCAACCUCAAGUCAAUGCAUUUAUUGAUUUUAUGGAGAAAUAUCUAUGUUGGGAACCACAAUAUACAUUUGAAAUAUUCACACUAACUACUCGAUGGCAACUUUUACAUCUGCCAGAUUUUACACUUGAUGAACGUUUGUCUAUGUCAAACUUAUUUAUUCCUGAUCAAAUAAAAAAGAUACGUAAUAUCAGAUCUAUAGCCAGUUAUGAAAUUAUUUGGAAGAAGGAACAUAGUGCAUUAGAAAUGUUAGAAGAGUACAAAGAGCAAAUACAGCCAAAUGACGAUAAUGAUGUAGACAGUUUACUAACAACUAUUGAGCCACAAGACUUGGUUUUAAAAUGUUACCCAGAAUUGGUUGAAGCAUUUGAAAGUACUAGAAAUGUAAAAACGAAGAAACGAACUAUAAACUCUCGCAAAAAGAAAAUUACAACAAAUACAGAAGAAGAUAAUAUUGGAGUAACAGAUAUUGCAAAAUCUAGACAAAAGAAAGCAAAAAAGAAAACAUUAGAAAGCAAAAAUAAUAGAAAGAUUGAAGAUUUUAUAUCCAAAAAUCGUUCUAUGUCGUUAGAAGAGUCCUUUGAGAAUAUGGCAAUAACACCGAAAAGAUCAAAACAGGAAAAUACUUUGAGUAAAGUAAAUAAAUUGAAAACAAAGAAUGUGUCUGAAAAUGUUGCAGGGGACAUAAAACAAAUAAAACGCGGGCCACAAUUCAAAAAAGUUCUGGAGAUAGACAAGAUAGAUUCAAAAUUGAAUAAUACGAUUGAUAGGAUAUUUAAUGAACUUUCUCCCAAUGAUUUCACGAGCGAAAAUGAAGAUAAUGAUUUAAAUAUGACGAAUAUAAUAGACAAUAUAUGUAAUAAACGAAUCUUUCAAUUUAGUGUAAGAAAUUGGCAACCUACGGAAUCUAUUAACCAAGAAAAUGCAGAAAAUUAUCCAGAGUAUAAAAUUGACGAAAAUAAUUCUCUGACAUACAAGGAAAAAUAUGUUGAGAAUGAAAAACAGAAGUUAGAUGAUCCUGAUGAUGAAUUUGGCGAUAUCAGUGAAUUGUAUAUUCCAAUUAAUCAAAGAAUACAGAAAGAAGAAAGGAAGUUUUUAAAGAUAUGCAAUCAAAUAGAAUAUUCUAAUUUUGCUUUUGAAAAUAUUAUGGACGAAACCGAUAAUGGAAAUAUACAUUUAGAUUCGUGAUAUUAUAUAAAGUACGUCGUUUUUAGAAAGUUGUAUUUAUCAAGUAUAAUGUAGAAAGUUCUGCAAUAUUAAAAAAAUAUAAAUAAAAAUAUUAUGUGUCCAUCGUCAGGUUUU